UACGUUGAAACUUGAAACCCAAUUGUUGUUCAGUUAAUGAAUGGCCAAUCCCCACCUCUGUCUCGCACGCUCAAACACCUAUUCUCCGCCACCGCGCCGCAAUGCGAGUACCUACUACACCGCUGCGCCACCACCGCCGAAUCCCUUCCCACCACCAAGAAGCUGCACGCCCACAUCACUACCUCCGGCCUCCUCUCCUCCCAUUUCCUGUCCCUACUCACCUCCGCAUACGCCCUCUGCGCCCAUCUCCACUACGCCUGCAAACUGUUCGACCAAAUGCCCAAACCAACCAUCAUCGCCUACAAAGCCAUCAUUAGAAUGCACACCGAAACCGGCCACCCUCGCCGCGCCCUCCAACUGUUCGUCGAUAUGCACGGCUCGGGCCGUCACCGCGCCGACGAGUACACCUACCCAUUUGUGAUCCGGGCUUGUAGGGAUUUAGUGCUGCUUGAGCUAGGAAUGGUGGUUCACGGCCUCACAGUUAAGACCAGCUUCGUGUUGAACACUUUUGUGGGGAAUUCUCUGAUUGCAAUGUACCUGAGCUGUGGGGAUAGGGAUAGAGCUACGGCCGUGUUUGAUUCGAUGGAGGACAGAACUGUCGUUUCAUGGAACACGAUGAUUAGUGGUAGCUUUCGGAAUGGCAGAGCGAAGGAAGCUCUGGCGCUUUUAUGGAGAAUGGUUGAUGAUGGCGAUGGAGAAAACGACGUGGAGGUUGAUUCUGCUACGAUUCUCUCGGUUUUGCCUGCGUGUAGCUCGCUCAAGGACUUGGAGCAGGGAAGGAAAGUUCAUCGGCUGAUAAUGGAUAGAGGCAUUGGUAAAAGAUUGGCUGUUCAGAAUGCUUUGGUUGAUAUGUAUGUCAAGUGCGGGAGCAUGGAGGAAGCUCGUCGUGCCUUCGAUGGUAUGGUGGAGAAGGACGUUGUGACGUGGACUACUAUGAUCAACGGGUACACGUUGCAUGCGGAUGUGGAUCUUGCGUUGGAAAUGUGCAGAUUGAUGCAGUGUGAAGGUGUGAGGCCUAAUGAGGUGACACUGGCUUCACUUCUGGCGAUGUGCGCCGCUUUGCCUGAUUUGAAGCUCGGGAAAUGCUUGCACGGAUGGGCGAUCCGUCACCAUGUUGAUUGUGCUGAGAAUGUGGAGACUGCGUUGAUCGAUCUUUACGCCAAGUGCAAUUCUUUUGGAUUGAGUUUAAGGGUGUUCUCUAGGACUUCUCAGAGAAUAACUGUGCCAUGGAAUGCGAUUCUCUCCGGUUGCAUUCACAACAAGAUGGGUGGAGAAGCUAUCAGCCUUUUUAACCGGAUGAUGCAGGUGGGGGUGAAGCUCGAUGCAGCGACAUGGAAGAGCCUCCUCCCUGCGUACGCAGCUGAGGCAGAUCUCCGCCAGGCGAGCAACAUACACAGCUACCUGGUGAAGUCGGGGUUUCUGGGGAAACCGGACAUUAUCACCGGCAUGAUUGACAUUUACUCUAAAUGUGGGAGCUUAGGGCAUGCUCAUGAGCUCUUUGAUGGGCUCUGUUCGAGGAACAGAGACAUUGUGUCGUGGAGUGCGAUAAUAGCUGGCUACGGGAAGCACGGGCGUGGGGAGAUGGCUGUUUCGAUGUUCAAUGAGAUGGUGCAGUCAGGGAUCAGACCUAAUGAAGUCACUUUUACCUGCGUGCUGCACGCCUGUGGCCAUGCCGGAUUGGUUGAUGAAGGUUUGAAUCUGUUUAACUUCAUGAAGCAGAAUUGUCAGGAAUGUGUGAGAACAUAUCACUAUACUUGCAUUGUGGAUCUACUUGGGCGUGCUGCUCGGCUUGAUGAGGCGUAUCAGUUGAUUAAGGCCUCGCCGUGUGGGGGGAGCCACUCCGUCUGGGGGGCGUUGCUUGGCGCCUGCGUGAUACACGUGAACGUGCAGCUCGGGGAGAUUGCGGCACGGAGGUUGUUUGAGUUGGAAGCGGAGAACACUGGGAAUUAUGUGUUGUUGGGGAAUAUUUACUCUGCAGUUGGGAGGUUUGAUGAUGCUGAGAGAGUGAGACAGAUGAUGAAUAGUAUUGGAUUAGUUAAAGCUCCUGCUAAUAGUAGUGUCAUCUAAGUUGUGAGAUACUACUUCCAUUUUCUUUCUCUAACUUGCAAAUUUGCAAAUAUAUUAUCACAUAAUAUUCGUGUUCUGUUGU